GUUGAAGAAGGGGGGCGCCAUAAGACUGGACCCAACCUGUGGGGUCUGUUUGGGAGGAAGACAGGUCAGGCCCCUGGCUUCAACUACACAUCGGCCAACACUGAAAAAGGUGUCACGUGGGGAGAGGACACCCUGGACGAGUACCUGAAAAACCCAAAGAAGUACAUCCCAGGAACCAAAAUGAUUUUCAGCGGGAUCAAGAAGAAAAAGGAAAGAGAUGAUUUGAUAGCUUAUCUGAAAAGUGCGACCUCCUAAGGUGGUGGAAAAUGAACAAAUUCACCACUGUGUG